AACACUUCUCCCUUCAGGACCCAACACUCAUGACUUGGCAAAAGACAGGGAUGAGAAAUCGUACGACAAUAACAACAUUCAUCCUGCUGGGAUUGACAGAUGACCCGAAACUACAAGUUCUAAUUUUUGUAUUUUUGUUUCUCACAUACAUGUUGAGCGUGGCCGGGAACCUCACCAUUAUCACUCUCACUCUUUUAGAUCCUCAUCUUAAAACACCCAUGUAUUUUUUCCUCCGAAAUUUUUCUUUCUUAGAAGUCUCAUUCACCACUGUCUGCAUCCCCAGAUUCCUGCACAUGAUGGCUACAGGAGAUAAUACUGUGACUUACAAUGCUUGUGCUACUCAGUUGUUUUUCGUUGUCCUCUUUGGAGCAACAGAGUUUUUCCUCCUCGCUGCCAUGUCCUAUGACCGCUAUGUGGCCAUCUGCAAGCCCCUGCACUACACCACCAUCAUGAACAACCGAGUGUGCACAGUUCUCGUCCUGUCCUGUUGGUGUGCUGGCCUGUUGAUCAUCCUCCCGCCUCUUGGCAUAGGCCUCCAGCUGGAGUUCUGUGACUCCAAUGUGAUCGAUCAUUUUGGCUGUGAUGCCUCUCCCAUUCUACAGAUAACCUGCUCAGACACAGUGUUCAUAGAGAAAAUUGUCUUGGCUUUUGCCAUACUGACACUCAUUAUUACUCUAGUGUGUGUUGUUCUGUCCUACACAUACAUAAUCAAGACCAUUUUAAAGUUCCCUUCUGCCCAACAAAGGAAAAAAGCCUUUUCCACUUGCUCCUCCCAUAUGAUUGUGGUUUCUAUCACCUAUGGCAGCUGCAUUUUCAUCUACAUUAAACCUUCAGCUAAGGAAGGGGUGGCUAUCAAUAAGGUUGUGUCUGUGCUCACAACAUCCGUCGCCCCAUUGCUUAACCCAUUCAUUUAUACACUUCGAAACAAACAAGUGAAAGAAGCUUUCAAAGACACAGUAAAACGAAUUGUGUUUCUCACAAAGAAGUAAGUUUUCUAGGCUAACCCGAAUUUAAAUCUAAGUAACCACGAGCAGCA